CAUUGAAUCUGAAGUUGACUUUUUGGGAAAUUCCUGUCAAAAAGUUCGUCUAUAAGCAGACCCUGGGCAUUUGACGUUGCAGUACGUCAAAAGUGGUACAAGUUGCUUGUUUUAUAACUGUCGAAACAGCAUUUGUACGAUGACGACAGAGGUUCAUUUAGCUGAUCCAUAAUACGUUAUUCAAAAACCGUUUUCAUUGGUUACAAGACGGCUUUACCAUUUUGGAAGAAUUUACUCUUAUGUCAUACACUUCAAAAUUUACUGAAAGAUUCGAUAUCGAUAUAUCGCCAUCCUCUCUGCAAGAGUUAUCACCCUCUUUUCAGUCAGCAAAAACGUCAUCGCUUUCUUCACGUCUAUCCACCACAUAUGAUCCAGUCUAUUGCAAUCCUGUUGAUUUCAAAUCAAAUACAAAUACAAAUACAGACAACUUGAGCACAAUUACCGCCAGUAAACCAAUUGACAUCCCUCAGAAGAAUAACGCACGAAGCAAUCGUGGCAGCCGACAAUUUUACCGUGACACGAUAGCUAGCUUUUCAAGCUUACAUUCACACGGCAAUGGUAGCGAGAAACAUCAUGAUGCCUUGGCCACCCGAUUUAGGUCCUUCAUGUCAUCUAUUUUAAACAAAAAGCGAGAGAAGCAAUCAUCCACUCUAACGUCCAACUUAUCAAGAGCCAUUUCAACCAAGAUUUAAGAUUUUUUCGAUUUGAAACUGGAUGUGAAAUAACAUCUGAUAUGAUAUCCACAGCUUUCUUUAUGCUCGAUAAGCGGGCAUAUGUAUAUACAAGAUGCUAUUUGAAAUUCACGUUAUGUAUAUACCUGUUAGAAUUAUAUUUUUAGCGCACAAUUUAGAUACCCUUUUUGCUUCAAUAAACAACAUUCAUCAAUGCUGUACAGUUACUUUAAUUAAUGUCACUUUACAUACGUUCUCAUAGUGUAUAUGCUUAGCUCUUGACCAAGGUAGCGGUAUUUGGUCUAUUGAAUCAGGUCUAGAAAAACACAAAAUUCAGAUCUAUUUUUUUCUAGAUUUUCUUCUGCAUAGA